AUGCUGACUCAAACGGCAAAGUCCAUAUUCAAAAAGAUAGAGCCACUGGAUGGCAUGAGCAUCCGUCACGCAUUUACAUCGCGCAUGGCCAUUCGCGUCCAUACUCCCGCUUUCUCCCUUAAUGUGUUGACAUGGCCGACGCAUUCUGCUCCCCCUCUCACCAAAGCUUCCCACCAACCCGUGCUACAUUAUCGUGCUAGCGUUAUCACUGGUAAAAAGGCGCUGGGCAAAUCUGCCGUCGCGCGUAAUCGUGCUAGAAGGCGGAUUUUAUCGGCUGCUCAACAUAGCUUUCCAGACGGUGCCAUCCCAGGCAAUGAUUAUCUGUUUUUUGCUCAACCCGAAGCUGUCAAUGUACCAUGGUCAACGUUAAUGGCUCACAUGAAGAAUGCUCUAGAACAAGUGGCACGAAGAUCGCAGAUGAAAAGCAGCACCAAAGACAUAAAGAAAGAAAAUGCCCAUUGA